AUGAGGAACCCCUGUAUAUUUCUGGUAUCUUCUCUCUCCGUUGUUAUUUUUCUCCUGCUAAUUCCUCAAGGUUUCUGUGUAGAAAUCAUCGGAGGAAACGAAGUCAUUCCUCACUCAAGGCCCUACAUGGUUCUAAUUAAAAUAGACAAGAAACAGAUUUGUGCUGGAGCUUUGAUUGGAAAGAACUGGGUGCUGACUGCUGCUCAUUGUACUGUAAAUAAGAGGAGUGAGGUCAUCCUUGGGGUUCAUGCACAGGACAAAAGUGAACCGGGAAGACAAAUAAGGCAUGUGAAGAAAGGGUUCAUAUAUCCGUGCUAUGAUCCACACACACAUGAGGGUGAUCUUCAGCUUCUAAAGCUAAACAAAAAAGUAACAACUGGUAAAAACAUAAAUCUUCUUCAUCUACCAAAACAUGGGGACGAUGUGAAGCCAAACACAGUAUGCCGAGUGGCUGGCUGGGGGAGUACUCAAAACAAGUCCCCUAUGUCCAGCACUCUGAGGGAAGUCAAUGUCACGGUCAUCGACAGGAAAAUCUGCAAUGAUCCAAAGCAUUACAACUACAAUCCUGUGAUUGGGCUAAACAUGAUUUGUGCUGGAAACCUCAAAGGAGGAAAAGAUUCAUGCAAUGGAGAUUCUGGAAGCCCUCUGAUAUGUGACGGUACUUUCAAAGGCAUCACUGCCUUUGGCAUGGAAGGGAAAUGUGGAACCCCUCAGGGACCUGGCAUAUAUACUCUACUCUCGAAGAAGUACCUCAACUGGAUAAUUGAGACAAUGGCAGGGGCAGUUUAG